GGGGGGUGGGGGGAAGAUGGCGGCUGCUAAACCGGGUCGGAGUGGUGGCUGAGCUGACUACAUCUAGGAAGCUAUCCCGUGGUACUUUGGGCUCAGAUACUUGGAAGUGAAGAUCCUGGUGUGGAUUGAGAGAUCUCUGUGCUUUGUUGGAGAACUUGUGGAAAAGCCUGUAACUUAGAACCAGAGUUUUAAUUCCAAAAUCAAAACAAAGUUCGCUAACCCGGAUGUUAUACUUUGUAAAACUACGUCACAUGUUCACUGUGCAAAUCGAGUUGGUCAAACCUGCCCAACCUGGGUUGCCUGACUGUCAGAGAUGCUUAAACCUGUACUCUUCUUUAGCUUAAUUUGGAGGAAUGGAUAGGUGCCCAGCUGGCAAUAUCAUACUCAAAAUCAAGUUAAUAAUUUAUAGCAUUACAUAAUAGAAUAACAUAAUGGUGGACUUACUAAAAGAAAAUACAAAACCUCAGCUUAUCAUAUUUUUUCAAAAUUGAAGGCAGAUUCCUGGUUAACAAUGCCUGGCAAAAUCACUUUGCAACUGGUUUUCCUAUCAGUCGAUUAACCUUCAUGUGCAGCAUUGUUUGCUAUUGAUUUCUGAGUCAUGGGACGAAAGGGAGUGUGCUGUUGCUGUGCUGCUUUGCGACCUCGCUACAAGCGUCUAGUAGAUAACAUAUUUCCUGAAGAUCCAAAAGAUGGUCUUGUUAAAGCUGACAUGGAGAAGCUGACUUUCUAUGCUGUUUCUGCACCAGAAAAGCUGGAUCGAAUUGGUGCUUACCUAGCAGAGAGACUGAGCAGAGAUGUUGUCAGGCAUCGCUAUGGGUAUGUUUUAAUUGCCAUGGAGGCAUUGGACCAACUUCUAAUGGCUUGCCAUUCUCAAAGCAUAAAACCGUUUGUGGAAAGUUUCCUUCGUAUGGUGGCCAAGCUUCUAGAAUCAGGCGAACCAGAGCUGCAAGUUCUUGGAACUAAUUCUUUUGUCAAAUUUGCCAACAUUGAGGAAGACACACCUUCCUAUCACAGACGCUAUGACUUCUUUGUGUCUCGAUUCAGUGCCAUGUGUCAUUCAUGUGACCACGAUCCAGAAAUACAAACCGAGAUCAGAAUUGCUGGAAUCAGGGGCAUUCAGGGAGUGGUUCGAAAAACAGUUAAUGAUGAACUUCGAGCGACUAUAUGGGAACCUCAGCACAUGGACAAGAUCGUACCAUCAUUGCUGUUUAAUAUGCAGAAAAUAGAAGACAUUGACAGCAGAAUAGGCCCUCCAUCCUCUCCUACAGGAGGAGAGAAAGAGGAAAAUCCUGCUCUGCUGGCUGAGAAUUGUUUCAGGGAACUACUAGGACGAGCAACCUAUGGAAAUAUGAAUAAUGCAGUCAGACCAGUUUUCGCGCAUUUAGACCAUCAUAGACUAUGGGAUCCCAAUGAAUUUGCUGUUUCCUGCUUCAAAAUCAUCAUGUAUUCUAUACAGGCACAAUAUUCCCAUCAUGUAAUACAAGAAAUUCUUGGACACCUUGAUGUUCGCAAAAGGGACUCGCCACGAGUUCGUGCUGGCAUUAUUCAGGUUCUUCUGGAAGCAGUUGCAAUAGCAGCUAAAGGUUCAAUAGGCCCAACAGUUCUGGAGGUUUUUAAUACCUUGUUGAAGCACUUGCGCAUCAGUGUUGACUUUGAGCUGGGCGAUAGGCGCAGUUCAGCAGGAAGUGCCACUUUCAGCACAAGCUCCAAGGAGAGUGAUGAGAGAAUUGUCCAGAAUGCUAUUAUUCAAACAAUUGGAUUUUUUGGAAGCAAUCUCCCAGAUUACCAGAGAUCAGAGAUUAUGAUGUUCAUUAUGGGAAAAGUACCUGUUUUGGGGACAACUUCACAAUCGCUGGAUACCAGUCACCUUGGAGAUUUGGGAACUAGGAGGAUUCAAAUCAUGUUAUUGAGAUCUUUACUUAUGGUGACUUCAGGAUACAAAGCAACAACGAUAUCUAAUGCACUUCCUCCCCCGUUUCUGGACCCGUUAUUGUCUCCUUCCCUCAUGGAAGACUCCGAGCUAAGGCAGCUGGUCUUGGAAAUACUGCAUAAUCUCAUUGAUCGGCAUGACAACAGAGCAAAGCUCAGAGGGAUACGAAUAAUACCAGAUGUUUCUGAUCUAAAGAUAAAACGAGACAAAAUUUCAAGGCAAGAUGUAAGCUUCAUGAAAAAGCAUGGUCAGCAGUUAUACAGACACAUCUACUUAGGCUGUAAAGAAGAAGACAAUGUCCAAAAAAACUUUGAACUGCUGUUUACAUCUCUAGCUCUUAUCACAAUUGAACUAGCCAAUGAAGAAGUGGUUAUUGAUCUCAUUCGGUUAGCUAUUGCUUUGCAGGAUAUUGCCAUCAUCAAUGAGGAUAAUCUGCCAAUGUUUAAUCGUUGUGGUGUCAUGGCAUUGGUUGCAGCGUAUCUAAACUUUCUGAGUCAGAUGAUUGCGGUUCCUGCCUUUUGUCAGCAUGUCAGCAAGGUUAUCGAAACCAGGAGUCUGGAAGCAUCUUAUUUUCUACCAGAAACAAUUUUCAAAGACAAAAGCAAUCUUCCAAAAUCCUUAGAGAAGCAUGAAAAAAAUUUAUUUUUCCUGACAAACAAGAUUGCAGAAUCAUUAGGAGGCAGUGGAUACAGUGUGGAAAGAUUGUCGGUUCCAUAUGUACCCCAGGUAACAGAUGAGGACAGACUCUCCAGGAGGAAGAGUAUUGUGGACACGGUAUCUAUUCAGGUGGAUAUUCUGCCUGGCAACCACACAGAGGAUAAGGUUGAUACUACUGAAGAAAUCACAUUUGAAGCUUUGAAGAAAGCAAUUGAUAACAAUGGACUUGAAGAACAGGAAAAAGAAAAAAGGCGUCUUGUGAUUGAAAAGUUCCAAAAAGCACCAUUUGAAGAAAUCGCAGCACAAUGUGAAACCAAAGCAAACUUGCUUCACGAUAGACUUGCACAGAUACUGGAACUCACCAUUCGUCCUCCACCUAGCCCCUCAGGAACGAUGACCAUUACUGCUGGACAUGCUCAUUACCAAUCUGUUCCGGUCUAUGAGAUGAAGUUUCCAGAUCUUUGUGUGUAUUAAGUGUCUUCUGAAGUCUGCUGGACAUUAUUUAGAGUAGAGUACAAUAGAAAGAACAAGAUGAGUUUUCAAAUUUUAUUGUUUAUUUAUCUAAACUAACUUUAAAAUAAUGAUGAACAUGAGCCAAAUACAGAUUACUCUAGCCAAACUCAUGAGACUGUCCUGAGUUGUUUUCUUCUGUAAUAUACUUGAAGUUAGGUUUUUCAUAUAUCAUGUUUCUUCAUUUUCAUAUUUGAAUACAUGUAAAAGUCAAAUUUAAAACUUGUCUUGCCGUACAGAUGAAUAUUUCAGUUACGCUAGGAAUUUGUAUUUCUGUAAAUUCCAUUAAUUUUAGACAUUGUAACUGAAGAACGUGUUAAAGCUUGCAUUUUUUUUCUUUUUCUUUUUUCUCCCUCCACCUCAAUUAUAUAUCUAAAUAGAAUGCUUUUGGCUUGCUUCAUCUUAAUAACUGUACCCAGAGGAGCGCUACCUUCGCUCCCUUUUGUUCAUGCUCUCAUAGCUAGCCAACUUGUUUAUUUUGGAAUAUACGGAAAAAAACAAUACCUUACAUGUGUUCAAGUACAGUAAAUGAAUUAAUGGACACUUGUUAAGUAUUUUUUUGAUGCAUCACAUAACAUGCUUUUUAGAUAUAUAUGCCCAGUAUAUGUCCUGUGUUUCUUGCUAAAAGUUAACUGCUUUGCGUAAGAGAGGAGAAACCCCCUCUUGAAGCACGGAACUGUGCAAUAUUUUUCAUGUCUUAAGGUGUAUGGUUUACAAACUGUACUUUUGAAAAUGCAGUAGUAUUUUACUGUCUGCUUUAGUAUAAAUACAUGAGAGAUAUAUUUAGUAUAGCAGAAAAUAAACUGAGGGCAUUUUAAAUCAUAAAUACAGAAAUUACAAAUAUAUUCUAUGAGGUAUUUCUCUGUAGUUUAUUACAGCUUUUUAAUGAUAUUUUAGAAAUUGAAAGAAAACUGGAUUAAACCAUUUAAAGACCAAGAAUUUAUUACAUAUAUUUUCAAGCAAAAGCAUUUUUAGAGAUGCAUCUCUGUGUUCAUUUUUGUUUCAUUUCUCAAACCUUUCUAGAAAUAAGGAAAAUGUGGUAACUUUCAUAGGUUUAUGUAUCUGAGUAUACUAUUCAAAUGUAAAUAAAGUAAAACAGAUACAGUAAAUCACUGAGCUUUUGAUGAUAAUUGUCAAUACCGUCUUUAUGACUCACUAAAUUCUGCAGGCAAAAAGAAAAACCAGUUUUCAUUGAUGCCAUGAAUAGUAAGUUUGAAGUCCCUUAAUCUAUCUGAAUUUGACUGAAGCAGCAUAAACAUGAAUGAGUGUUCUCAAAGAUCUAUAAUAAAUGUAAGACGUUAAGUUACCCAGCAGUUUAAACAGUGAUCAGGCCAUGAACAAAGUGAUCUGACUGCCAUUUGCCUUGCUUUGAGCAGGAGCUUCAUUUAGAUGACCUUCAGAAAUCCCAAUCUAAAUUAAUCUAUGAUUGCAUAAUUGUAAGAUCUGAAUGGUUAUCAGGCCAGCUAGUUUGCUGACUGUUGAGCAUUUGCAAAGCCACUGUAUAACAGAUUUUAAGUUUUUUGAACUGUAGAUCAGUAUUCUGCUGGACUACUUUUAAAAGCCUGAUAUGACAUAACAUCAGAGAAAUAUCAGCUACUUAAACCUAUGAGACAACAUGCUGAGACUUUCAGAAAGCAUUCAAAAAACUCAAAAGGUAAUUGAGACCUUCUUUUCAGUUUAACAGUGCAAUCACAGCUGUUAGUGGAUGACGAAACAGCCCCUUAUCUACAGCAUUCCGUUGUGAUUUUUACUGCUGCAGCGUAUCAGCCUGAUCAGACCACAGUCUACACAUAAAUAGGACUCGUUAUCACUCUAGCUUUUAGUUUUCACUUGGUUUUGGGUUUGGUUUUUUUUUAAGGUAAGACAUAAUAGUUUUUCAGCAUUUUUUAAAUAGUAAAUCUAACAUAGGGAUACGAUGUAAACCACUUAUCCACUCUGUCAUUUUUUAAGAAUAACACUGUGCACUUUUGUACAAAAAGAAAAUAAGAAAUCUAAGAAAUAAAGAAUGUACUUCUGUUUGCACUCUUGCAGUAUGGAGACUGUGCUGUAAAUACAGGAUUGUUUCUGUGAUUGAAUUCUGUUGCAUGAAUGCUGCAUGUGAAAAUAACUAGAUUCAGCAUUUCAUUUUCUGUUCUGUUUAUGAAGUAUUUUUCAUUUAUGCUGAUGAUUUUGAACGUUUUCAGUGUUCAAAUGAGCUUUGUUUGGGAAAUGCAGGUGUUGUGCAGGUAUCGUGCAGGGAGUGAAGAGCUUGUAACACUCUGUGUGUUCACAUGAUACUUAAUUUCUUCCUUUCUGGAAAUUCAGGGAGUCUGUAAGUUGGUAAUUGGUUCACUCUGGCCUUUCUGGACAGCUGGGAGAUGGGAGUGACUGUAAAAUGAUUUGUUUUGGUAGCUAUUGUAAUAUGUAGCUAGUGAGUGAAACCAAAUGAAUUAAGAAUGCUGUUGUACAGUAUAAAGCUGCUUUGUUUCACUUAUCUCUUUGUGGUUUUGAGACAAGUUGCAGAACUUCAAAGCUCCAUGUGCAUACUGGCCCUGUGUUAUCUGCAACACAUUGAGUACUAUCACAAUGUUUAUAAAUUGGUAUCCAGCUGUUUAAAUGUAUUCCAGCUUUUUGCUUUGGGUUUUCUUUCCCAUUGUGUCAUUUUGAAAAAGUAUAGCUUUUGGUAGUGGUCACUUUAAAGUAAAUUAAAUCCUUGUUAUUUUUAAAAGGUAGAAAUAGCCUGUUGUCCAAAAUCAGAGUAGGGCUAAUUUGUCUGUUAUUCUGAUGGUCAUAUAUUCUGUACUGUACGUAAUGAAUCAGUUUCAAUAAAUGUAAGAACACACUGUGCAAUCUAUAUUUAAGCAAUAAAAUAAACCAAAA